UUAACCACUUCCCUUCUGGCCCAUGUACAUAAAUGGCCUGACGAGAGCGCUGCCAAAGUGGGUUGACGUUUCUAAAUGUCACCUGCAUUCAUUUGCCUGUGCGUGCUCCCUGGGAGUGCGCGGCACCGUGAUCGGACACAGAGGAACACCGAUCGCUGUACAGGACCUAUCACUGUACUACUUGUGGGGGGUGAUGAAGAUUUUUUUUCUUUUUUUUUUUACACUGAUUGCUUUUACACCCAUAUAGGAUGUAAAAGCAAUCAUUUCCUCGUUCUCCUCUGUCUGCAUUCUUGCACUCAUUGAGAAAUACAGAGUGAGCUGUGAUUGUCACAGCUUGUCACAUGGUACAAGGCUUUUGUGAAUAGCCUUGUACCAUGUGACCUAUGUGAUUAUUCACAGAUUUCACACA